AUUGCAAUUCGGUGUAAGUUGUUCAGUAAUUUGUCAUACGUGCUUUUGAUAGAUGGUGGCAAAAGUCAAUCGUACAAAUCAAUUCAGUAAUAAAUGGUUAAUUAAUCAAUAUUAGAAAAUGAGAAUUCCAAUUGCAACAGCUGUUUACCUAAUUACUCUUACAUUCACCCAAAUUCAUACUCAAAAUGUUAUCUGUGACUUUGAAAAUAUUGGGAACGACUACAUAUGUACAAUAAUUGCAGCAAACAUUUCCAGUGACACAACACAGCUUGAAUUUUUGUCACAACAUCUUGAAGGAAGAAAUGAUAGUCAUGUAACAAUUGUCAGGACAAACUCAUCAUUUGUAGGUAGAAUAAGAAUCUAUCAUCCACAGUUUACUCAACAGUUUCCAAAUCUUCAAGUUAUUGAUCUUCAAAGGCUCAGAAUUUUGGAUUUUUCAAAUAAUUCUUUCGAAAAAUGCGAUGAGCUUCGAAAAGUUAAUUUACACUUUAAUGAGAUUAAUUUUUUGCAAGAUAAUCUUUUUAGUAAAUGUGAAAAAUUGACUGAAUUGAUAAUAAGUAACAAUCACAUACACAAUUUAACAGAUGCUUCAUUUGAUGGACUUGAUAAUUUGGAAGUUUUAAAUUUGAACUAUAAUCUGCUCCAAGCAUUGUCAGACAAUGUUUUUAGAUUUAAUAGGAAGUUGAAGGAGUUGCAUUUAGGAAAUCCAUGGAAUUUGUAUCAACAUAAUAAAAGAAUGUUUGAAUUUUUGCGUGAUCUUGAAGUCGUUGACUUAUCAGAUUGGCACAUCGAUUAUUCUGAAACUGAAGCUCUUCUUAAUGGAUUGACCAAAUUAAAGGAAAUAAUUCUACAUAAAAAUUAUUAUGAAUACUUUAACAUGUCAUUCUUCAGUCAGUUUGAAAACCUAACAAUAUUGGACCUUAAUGAUAAUAAAUUAGGAGAUCUGAUUGACAAUUCUUUGCAGAAUUUAACAAACUUAAAGGAAUUUUAUAUUCAAGGGAAUUAUUUGGAAAUUUUGACUGAGAAUACUUUUACUGGAUUAGAUAAUUUGGAAAUCUUAUGGCUUGGAUACAACAGCAUUUCUUCAAUACCAAGUAACACAUUCGAUCGACUUAAUAAUUUAAAAAAACUUAGUUUAGUAUUUAAUAAAAUUGCAAUUUUACCACACGGAAUUUUUGAAAAUCUACAAAAUUUAAGAAGUCUUCAUCUUGGUGUAAACAUCAUAACUGACUUGCCAUCUGGAAUUUUCAAGUCUUUGGUCAAUUUAGAAUCUAUCAAUAUUUAUAAUAAUAAAAUUGAAACCUUGAAUUCAAAUUCUUUUGGCAGGCAUGAAAAAUUAGUAAAUUUCACAUCUUCCUGGAACAAAAUUGAUGAAAUUGAGAGGAAAUUUUUUGACAAUUUUCCAAACCUGGAACUUCUUGUAAUCAAUGAAAACAUUUGUGUAGACACAAUUAUUGACGAUUUUCAAAAUACAAAUAUAUCUUCAGUUUUUGGUAAAUGCUUUGAUAAUUUUGAGUAUCAAGAUACAACUACAAUUUCGACUGAGGUUCCAACUACUACAGAUGGCAAAGGAAAUGGCAGAAUAAUUGGAUUUUCUGUUUUGUUAAAUAUUUUGUUAAUGACUGUUAUAUUUAUAAUGCAAUAAAGUGGUUGAUUAAGCAUCUUAUUUAUUUCAUUA